AUGGAGGACCUCCUCAAGGACGGCUACGACAACAGCCACCGGGCGUUUCUGCAGGCGCUGCUGUCGCAUGGCGCCAUAACGUUCGAAGAGGCACAAGCCAUCCUGGCAGCCAUAUUCAAUGCCGCCGCCGGCGGAAGCGGGAGCAGCAACGGCGACACGCGCCCCGAACAGGUGACGCAAGAGGACUUCCAGGCGUACCUAGAGGUCGCGUCUGACGCGGCAUCGCUCUUCGAUUACGAGAUCCGGAGCACCGUCCACCAGGUCACUAAGCAACGCAUCUACGCUCUCGUCAACACAGCGUCGGACCCGCAGACGCAGCUCGCCACCACCUACAGCCCAGAGGAGCUGGCAUUCAUCAAGCGUGUCCUCGACGGCAUGUUUGACAAGUACAAUUCACCACGCAUGGAGGUGAUCGCCAUCACCGAGAUGCAGGCCAUCAAAUUCGCGCGGCCCAGGAACCGGCGCCAGACCGGCGGCGACGGCGACGGGCAGCAGCAGUCAGAGUCGCAGUCGCAAUCAGCGGUGUCGGCUAGGGGACUCAAGCACAGCGAGGUGGAAACGGUGCUGGCCAGCCUCGUCGACGGCGGUUGGUUCGAGAAGAGCAGGGCCGGCUUCUACUCUGUGACGCCGCGCGCGCUUCUCGAGCUCCGGCCGUGGCUGUUAGAGACGUACAACGACCCGGACGCCGCGCCGGACGAGUGGCAGCGCAUCAAGUUUUGUGAGGCCUGUAGGGACAUUGUUACGGUGGGCCUGCGGUGCUCCGAGCCCAACUGCACGCUGCGCCUCCACGACAUUUGCCAGGAGGCCUUCCUGCGCGCGCAGCGGGCCGAGAAGUGCCCCAAGUGUUCGCGCCCGUGGGUGGGCGACCGCUACGUUGGCGAGCGUGCCGUUACCCAGACGGAGGCUUACCAGCGGGGCCGCAGGCAGAGCGGCGCGCGGCGUGCGACGCUGGCCGACGAGGUCAUGGAGCAGCAGCGGCAGGCGGACGAGGACAGCGAGGAAGAGGAGGAGGAUGUAGGCGAGGAAGAGGAAACGCGCGAGGUGGCAGCCGAGUGA